AUGCUAAUGUUUAGAAGUAUAUGUACAACAUUAAUUGGAGGAAAGAUAUAUAAUAUAAAUGGAAGAACUAUAAGAGAAGAAAAACUAAUAUCUGAGGGAGCGUAUUCUUUUGUAUAUAUGGCGAAAGAUUUAAAUACAAAUAAAGGUUUUACUUUAAAGAAGACCAUAUGUCAAGAUAAAGAGAAAUUAGAAAUGGCCAAUAAAGAAAUAAAUAUUUUAAAAAGUUUACCACCUCAUAAAAACAUCGUUCAAUAUUAUGGAUCAACAGUUGUUUCAGAAAAUAAUUAUAAAAUUGUAAUAAUGUUAAUGGAAUAUUGUGAAAGGGGUAAUCUAUUAAAUAUAUUUGAAAAAAAUAAAGAUAAAUUAAGAGAAUAUCAUAUAGUUAAAAUAAUGAAAGAUAUAGUUACAGGAUUAAAUUUUUUACAUACUCAAGAAGUACCAAUUAUACAUAGAGAUAUAAAAUUAGAAAAUAUUUUGUGUGACAAAAAAGGGGUUUAUAAAAUUUGUGAUUUUGGUUCACACACAGUUUCAGAAUCCAUUUAUCCAAAUGAUUUAACGAAAAAUUCAUUAUAUAUAUUAAAAGAAGAAAUAGAAAGAGAUACUACAUUAAUGUAUAGGCCACCAGAACUAAUUGAUUUAUAUUCUAAUUUAGAAAUUUCUUGCAAAGUAGACAUAUGGAUGAUUGGAUGCAUUUUAUAUUUAUUACUUUUUAAAGUUCAUCCAUUUCAGAAUAAUAGUUUUUUAUCAAUUUUAAAUGGUAGUUUUACUAUUCCAUAUAAUAUAAAAUAUUCGAAGAGAAUUAUUUCUGUUUUACUUAUGACUUUAAACAAAAAUCCAGUAAAAAGAAUUGAUUCUUCCACUCUUUUAUUUAUAUUAGAAAAUUAUGCAGAUUUAAAAAAAUGGUUCGUUCAUAUCUCCAGUGAUAUAAAGAAAAAAGUAAACCAAAUUUUUGAUAAAAUAAGUGAACUUAAUUUAAGUAAUAAACAAAAUAAUCUCAUAGAAAUUAAUAAUGAUAAAAUAGUAGUCAUAAAAAUGAUAAAUCAAAAAUGUGAAAAACAAAUUCCUAAAAAUAACAUUAACUUUUUAAAACUUUUUAGUCAAAAUAAUUUAAGUAGUAAUACUCUGAAGAAAAAUAUUACAACAAAUGGUUCUGAAAAUAACCAAAUUCAAAAUAAAAAAAGUGACAUUAUUGAAAAGAAAAAAGAAGAUGCUACUAUUACUAAUAUUAAUUUAAAAGAUAGCAGAGAUAUAAGAAAUGGAACAGAAAAUAAAAUAUUAGAGGAAAAUAUUGAAUCAAAAAUAGAAAAUAUAGGUGGGAAUGUUAAAGUAAAAGAAAUAGAAGAAAAGAAGAAAUCAUUUGAUAAUAAUAUUAAUGAAUCGGAGGAAAAUUCUAAUUUAUUAAAUCUAGGUAUGGAACCUAAUAAAACAAUAGAAAAUCAUCAUAAUAAAAUUAUUUAUGACAAUGAACAUAUAUUAAAAGAUUUGAGCUUGAAUAAUGAAGUAAGUUUAUUUGAUUUUAAGAAUGAUCUUUUAAGUAACGAUCAAAGUAAUUGUAGUAAUUUUGAUAAUUUUUUUGAUCCUUGGAAUUAUGAAAAAAACGAUGAUUUAGUUAAAAUUGAUAAUUCUUUAAAUAUAAAUAAUGAUAAUGAUUUAUUUGAAGGUAAUAUUCAUUAUCUCAAUAAUAACGAUUCAUUUUGUAAAGAUUUAAGCUAUUCUAAAAAUAAUGAUUUUUUUAAAGACAAUAAAAAUGAAAUUUUUAAAGAUACGUAUUUUUCCAUAAACAACAAUUCUUCAAAUAAUACUGAACAGUUUAAUUUUCAAAAUUCUCCUAAUAUUAAUAAUAUACCUAAUAAUGUAUAUUAUUUUGAAGAAAUAAAGAAUAAAGAAAAAAAUGAUUGUAAUUUUGAUAGUAUGAUUAAAACAAAAAAUGAAAUUGCUUCUAAAUACAAUUCGAAAAAUUACAUUUUAAAUAAUAUAAAAAAGAAAAAUAAUUCUAAGUUAAUUACACCAGAUAAAAAUGAUAAAUUUUCAGAAUUACUUGAUGAAUUUCAAAAUUUUUCAGUUCAUUAA